UGCGUUUAUGAUGUUAUUAGAGUUUUAUAGUACAGGACUCUACUGUGUAUGACAUGACAAACAUGACAUAUAGCAUAAGCCCCAUCAAUCACGAUAUUAUUUAAGUCUCAGCAAUUUCAGGAACUGUACCAGCUGGACAUGGUUCUGACUCACUCUUAGAAAGAAUUGAAUGCAUUAGAGUAACUGCCUGGUGUAUGUCCUGUAUGUGAACUGUGACUGGGAUAAUCUGAAGUUGUUUAUAAAAAUGCCACCUGUGGGUUCUGCUACUCUUUUAACUCUAGAAGAGAAUCCUAGAGAAAUAUACCUUGAAGUGACUUCCGUACUUCUUCGACUCGCCAGUAAUGUGAUAAAGAAUCCGUCCGAACCGAAGUUCCGAAGCAUUAGGUUGGCCAAUCCAACCGUCGUAAACAAGUUACUUCCUGCUGUGGGCGCUAUGGAGUGUUUAUUUGAAAUGGGAUUUCAAGAGGCAGGUGACUGUUUGGUGCUUCCUACUUCUUCAAGCCUUGAAAACCUCAAAAAAAUCCACGAUGAGAUGUUCACAAGACGAAACAAAGUAGCUACUCUGUCAAGUUCGUCACUUGGUGCUGUUUCUAAAUCAACCUCUGGAGCUACCUCGCAAGCCGCGAGAAGCCAAGAUGCAUCAACCCCUUCCAGCAGCACUGCCUCAGACAAAAGAAACGUUGGGCCUUCUCAAAAGACAAAUACCUCUGCAGUAACCAAGGCAGCAGCAUCUACAGCAUCUGAGCAACAGAAUGUGAAGGAAGCGUCAGGGUCAAAAACACAUUUCACUCCUAAGCCAGGGUUUUUGGAAAGGAUUGUGGCGGCGUCUGAAGUAGUAUCACGGUCUCACAAUAAAGAACUGCUUGAUCUGGCAAAAUCAUACGUUCCCGUUACUGAACUAGAAACAGCUGCACUGGAACAGUUGCGCAAAAUACAGAUGGUUAUUAAGAAAGAGCAAGCAGAGAAAAAUCAAAAUGUGGCUGCGGAGCCCAGCAUGCAGGAACUGGUCCUCAUACAACUUUUGGCAUGGUUUAAGGAGAGGUUUUUCAGCUGGGUAAAUAAUCCUUCAUGUCAUUUUUGCUCUGGCAAGACAAAGUUUCAGAGAACUAUCUCUCGAGAUGAUAUAAGAGUGGAAGUUUAUGAGUGUGCAGUGUGUUUCCAAUCAACUGAUUUUCCACGACACACUGACCCUAUGAAACUCCUAGAAACAAGGCGAGGCCGAUGUGGCGAGUGGGGCAGGUGUUUCACGUUCUUGUGUCUUGCUCUUGGGUGGGACAGUCGACUUGUCAUUGAUGAAACAGAUCAUGUGUGGACUGAGGUUUUCCUGACCGCUCAAUCUCGUUGGGUGCAUUGUGAUCCCUGUGAAAAUGCAUAUGACUCACCUCUUAUGUAUGAGUUGGGUUGGAAUAAGAAACUUUCUUACAUUAUGGCAUAUACACAUGACAAUGUGCAAGAUGUUACCUGGCGUUAUUCAGCAAAUCAUAAGGAGAUCUUGAGACGCAGAAAGUAUUGUUCUGAAGAGCAACUUUUAGAAACAAUCAUGUCACUGAGAAAACGUCUCCAGCAAAAUCUCUCGAGUGCUAGGAAAGAAUAUCUCCUGAAGCGCACUUUAUUUGAGUUGGUUGAGUUGUGGAAAGAGCCAUCUCAGAAAGAUGGUGUGUACCAAGGAAGGCAGUCUGGCUCCCUUGCAUGGAGGCUUUCUCGAGGAGAGACAACAGUAUCUGUAAGUGAGCCUUAUGUGUGGAAACCUACACCAUUGGAGAUUGAAAGUAGAAAACUGUGCAUCAAGUAUGUACCUGGCCUGGAUCAAUAUCUGAGAGGUUCUGAUAUUUUCUUAACUGGUUGGCAAAAUGGAGUUAACACCAUCCAAAGUAUAUUCCGAAAGGAAGAGAAGGACUGGAACAUGGUUUACUUGGCUCGAGAAGAGGGCAGCGAGGUUGGGAAGGUGUCUUGGAGCAUAGACCUGACUGGAAGUGGCUUUGUGGCGGAAAGUGUUGAGUUAACCCUCAGUUCCAAAGUCUUUGAAAGUGGACAGGUAACUGCUUUGAUUUGUGGAGGAGACAGUUGUGUGAAAUUGCCGACAGAAAUGUCCAUUACGACAACAGCUCUCGCAGGUGCCAGCAUUAUCAAGGUCAAUGUUGAUCUCUGUGGUGGAGUUGGCAAUGUGGCUUGGCAGCAUGCCCAGUUAUUCCGUGCAGAACUAGGCAGCAAUCAAGUGGGCCUUGACCUCAUAGUAACACUCAAAUCUGCUUGAAAGCGACAGCGCUUGUCCCUGUUUAAUAUAGUUGUUUGUCUUGCACAUGAAUUGCAAGGGCAAGCAUGUGCUUUUUAAAGUGGCCUUUUGUAUUCCAACGUUUUGUGAUUUUAUGAUAAUGUCUGUGUUAUGGCUGAAUUGGGUCUUAGACUGAUUUUUUAAAGUAUAUAUAUUUGCGUUUUAGAACACAUUGCAGGAGCAAACAGAGUGGGAAUUCCACCUGUCACUAUUUUAUCUUGUGUGGGCCAUAAUGUAAUUAGGACUUUGUUGUAAUUUUGUUAGAAAUGACCCUGCUUAAAAACUUUACUAUAUAUCAUUGUCUUUUAGAUCUUCUCAGACAAGGCAAACUAAACACCGAGUGUGUGCUAAAAGCUGAAAUGGAGAUUUUCUUCAAAUUGUGCCUUUAAGUAGAUAGUGUCUUUUAAUAGAUAGUGUCUUCAAAUAGAGUUUUAGUGGCUUCCUAUCACAAAAGCAUUGUAAUCAAACUUUCUAUUUAUUGUUAAUCUUAUUUCUUGGUGACUCAAUGCUGUCUACAACACAAGCACCUUAGCACAAAUUUUGCUUUCUAUGAAUUUUGGAAGCUUUUGUUAUAAGUAUAGCUGUAUUGAUUUAGUAGAAUCCUCAAGGUAAUAUUAAAUGAUCAACCAAAGCAAUAAUUUUUUUAGGGAGGGGUGGAGCAGUGUAGUUAAUGCCAAUGCUCUUGUGCCAUUUUCAAGUUCAGCCUAGCACUUAUGCUUAGUAUUUGAUUGUUACCUGAUUUUCUGGUAAAAUGUAUUCAUUCAAUUUUUAACUUUAAUCAUGAUGUUAACGGUAUACAUUGAUGAUGCAUUGUGUUAAAUUUGUCAAGGGAAUUAUAUUGGUCAAGAAUUA